UUAGCAUAAACAGCUAGCUGUGUAUGUGUGUGUGUAUGUGUGUGUGUUAUGAGGUCUUUGCUUGAACAAAUUUAGCAAGCCAAAAUCAUCAAAGACUAUUUUAAUACCUGCGAACAGACCAAAAUCCACUUUCGUUUUCCAAGGUGUCAUUUCCUGAAGGGUCACAUUCAUCUGGUGCAGUAACACUGUAGCACUACUGGCAGUCCUGUGACCCAAGAAAAUAAUGUGCUGCAGCUGAAGAUGGGUGGUAGCGGCUCCAAAUCCAAAGGAUUUUGGCCUUUUUCUGGCUCAGGUAGUGUGGAUGAUCCAACCAAAGAUGGAAAUGAGCGGCCACUGGCGAGAGUGCGAAGUUUCCCAGGUGCAACACCUUUUGUGUUUACUAGACGAAGCUCUAUGUACUUUGACGAAGACGGUGACUUGGCCCACGAGUUCUAUGAAGAGACAAUUGUGACAAAAAACGGACGUAAAAAAGCCAAGCUGAGGAGGAUUCAAAAAAACUUAACACCUCAGGGAAUUAUAAGGCUGGACCACCCUUGCAUCCAUGUAGAUUUCCCAGUUGUCCUCUGUGAAGCCUGACGACGACUGAGCAGUGUCUCAGAUUUGCCACUGUCAACUCCGUCCUGUGGUUUCCCUUACAGCUGGAUACCAGAACCACCUUUUAAAAUAACAUGAUCUCUUGAUAUAUAUGAUGCCCUUAUGUGGACAGGCUGAUGCAAUGUGUGCCGAGCCUCUGCAUGUGAUCUGUUUUUGGCUUGUGUGCAGUUAGACACAGUAUAGUCACCUAUGGGGGAUCUAGAAGGGUGCCAAGUUGGCAAAACGUACUCAGUUUACAGAUCAUGGUUUGUGUGCAUGUAAGCGUGUAUGUGUGUGUGCAGACACGGGAUGAAAUGUGACAGAGUCCUGAAUUUAUUGCUGCAGAUUUUCUGGGAUGUUUCAUAGAACUCUAGAGGAGUUUAAGGAGAUUGUAAUCAGCUCUUCCCCACGUCA